CGAUGAGAGGCACGAACCAGAGAUUCUCCUUGUUAGAAGUGUCUGAUGGGGUCUGUUAUAUUUUGAUACAGAAACUGAGAGAAGCCGAGAGUAAAUCACAUCACAACUGCAUCAUCGUGUGGGAUCUCUUUUAUUAAGAAGAAAACAACGCAGACGGAAACUACACUUGGAGUGAGGAACCUGCUUUACAGAAUUGCAGACACAUUUUUUUCACACAUCACUCAAACACAGAACCAGGAAACAGGAAACUCUUCAGUUCAGAGAAACUGAAACUGAAGUGCAGUUGAGCUGUUGUGUGUUUGUGUCUCUCUAUUCAAGCAGUAAAAUGGCAGAAGCCAGAAUUUCUCAGGAUGAGUUCAAGUGUUCAGUGUGUCUGGAUCUCCUGAAGGAUCCAGUGACCAUUCCCUGUGGACACAGUUUCUGUAAGAUCUGUAUUACAGGCUGCUGGGAUCAGGAGGAUCAGAUGAGAGUCUACAGCUGCCCUCAGUGCAGACAGACCUUCAGUCCAAGACCUGCUUUAGCUAAAAACACCAUGCUAGCUGAAGUGGUGGAGAAACUGAAGACUAAACUUCCUGCUGACUGUAAUGCUGGAGCUGGAGAUGUUCAGUGUGACGUCUGUGAUGGAAGAAAACGCAAAGCCGUCAAGUCCUGUCUGGGGUGUCUGGAGUCUUACUGUCAGGAUCACCUCGAACAACAUGAGAGUUUCGUUAAAAGAAAGAGACACAAUCUGAUUGAUGCCACUGGACGACUGCAGGAGAUGAUCUGCCAAACGCAUGAUAAACUCCUUGAGGUUUUCUGCCGCACUGAUCAGAAGUUUAUAUGUCUGCUGUGUACGAUGGAUGAACAUAAAAACCACGACACUGUAUCAGCUGCAGAGCAGAGGACAGAGAAUCAGAAGCAGCUGAAGGAGACACAGAGGUCGUUCCAGCAGAGGAUCCAGCAGAGAGAGAAAGAUCUUCAGCAGCUGAGAGAGGCUGUGGCGUCUCAUAAGCGCUCUGCACAGACAGCAGUGGAGAACAGUGAGAGGAUCUUCACUGAGUUCAUCCGCUCCAUUGAGAGAAGCUGUUCUGAGGCGACACAGCGGAUCAGAGAUCAGGAAAAGACUGCAGUGAGUCGAGCUGAAGGACAACUGGAGCGACUGGAGCAGGAGAUCAAUGAUCUGAGGAGGAGAGACGCUGAGCUGGAGCAGCUUUCACACACACAGGAUCACAUCCAUUUCCUGCAGAGUUUCCAGUCUCUCUCAGCUCCUCCUGAAUCUACAGACGUAAAUGACAAUCCCUUCAGUUCUCUCUCCUCUUUUGAUGGCGUGAGAGAUGCUGUCCGUCAGCUGAGAGACAAACUGGAGGAUUUCUGCAAAGAGAAGAAGAUCUCUGACAGAGUCACUUUCACCAACAUUGUUCCCAAGACCAGGAACGACUUCCUACAAUAUUCCCAUCAGCUCAAUCUGGAUCUGAACACAGCACAUAAAAACCUUCAUCUGUCUGAGAAGAACAGAGUGAUUAAAUUCACUGACACUUUCACAGUCCAGCCGUAUCCUGAUCAUCCAGACAGAUUUGAUGUGUUUCAGCAGGUGUUGUGUAGAGAGCGUGUGUGUGGACGCUGUUACUGGGAGAUUGAGUGGCGUGGGAGAAGUGUGUUUAUAUCAGUGUCAUAUAAGAGCAUGAGCAGGAAGGGACGGUGUAAUAAGUGUCGGUUUGGAUCUAAUGAUCAGUCCUGGAGUUUGUACUGCUCUUCCUCCAGUUACUCAUUCAGACACAAUAACAUAGAGACUGAACUCCCUGUAGAGCCCAUCAGCAGGAGAAUAGGAGUGUAUGUGGAUCACAGUGCAGGAACUCUGUCCUUCUACAGCGUCUCUGACACAAUGAGCCUCAUACACACAGUCCACACCACAUUCACUCAGAUGCUCUAUCCUGGGUUUAGGCUUUAUUCUAGAUCAUCAGUGAAACUUGUUGAUGAAUCAGAAUAGACUGUAGAGAAAUUCUGCCCAUAAUGCUUUAAGCUUCAUGAUAAAUCAGUGACUGUCACACGCUGGCUUGACUAGAUAAUCCGAGAUAAGAGGCUUGAUGCAGAAAGACGAUGAACACUUAUAUUUAAUAAACAUCAGGGAUAAACAGCAACAGGAAACAUUAAAACAAGACAAUGAACAUAUAAUGACUGAGGGGUUUAAAUACACAAGAUAACAAGAGACUAAAUGAAGGACAGGUGAUGGUGAGAAGUUGUCAUGGUUACAAACAAGUGUUGCUAUGGAAAUGGAAACACAGGAACCGGGAACUAAACCACAGGAACUGAAAACCAAACACAAGACAAAAUGAAUUCAAAAUAAGAGUCCAUGAAGACAGAGACAUACAGGUAAUGGUGACAGUAGCAGUCAGAUGUUAUAGUCUCUUACGUUCUCCUCAUUACAUUAAUACUACAGCUGAACUUCUGUCAGUGAAAUAAAGAGAAACCCAGAAAAAACAGGCAAAUAUACCAACAGAGAAGAGGGAGGAAAUCUGAGACACAAUGAGACUCACUGCAAAAAUGUCUGGAUGAACAAAUCCAAGACUUUCAACUCAAAACUGAAUUUAAGACAUUCAAAGAUCUCAAAAGACAAAGAUGCGAAAGUUAGAAGCAACAAUGAAAGAAAUACAGGAACAGAAAGUCAAAGUUGUGGGGAAUAACACAUAUUCAAGAGAAUUAAUCAAUCUCACAGUUUGUUGAUCAAUUCCUGUGUAAAUGAAGGAUCUCAUGAUUCUCAAUAGAAACGUGUGUGUGUGUGUGUGUGUUAAUUCAACCAUACAUCUGUUUUGUGCUUUAUUUUCUUUGAUUU